AAAAUACCGACAUCACGUUCAACUGGCCAGAAAAUAGGGACCGCUGCGUCUGCGACUUCGCCGAGAAGAAUCCUGCGCACUUGAUCGAAACUGUCAGCGACUUGCUUAAUGAGCCACGCAUCCAAGCGCUCCGCCCAACGCACGAGGUGGACUACUCUGACACGUCCGUGAAGGUGCUGCCGACGAAGGAGCGCGUCUGUUGUCCUGCCUCUCUCAUAGCCUUUCUUCGAGAGUCACUUCCGG